AUGGAGCCAUCCGCACGAAAGCUCCAGCUGACGGCAUCAUCUCCCACCAAUUUAUCCAGCUUCUGCCAAGGCUCUGAAAUGCCAACUAUGUCAAGGCCUGCACUUGAUGUCAAGGGUGGCACUUCACCUGUGAAGGAGGAUGCCAACCCAGAGAUGAGCUCGCUGGCCUACUCUAACCUGGGCGUGAAGGAUCGCAAAGCAGUGGCCAUUCUGCACUACCCCGGGGUGGCCUCGAACGGAACCAAGGCCAGUGGGGCUCCCACUAGUUCCUCGGGAUCUCCAUCUCCAAUAGGCUCUCCUACCGCCACCCCUCCCACUAAACCCCCACCCUUCAACCUGCACCCCGCCCCUCAUCUGCUGGCCAGUAUGCAGCUGCAGAAACUUAAUAGCCAGUAUCAUGGGAUGGCCGCCGCCGCCGCCGCCGCCGCCGCCACCGCCACUCCAGGCCAACCUGGGGAGGCAGGGCCCCUACAAAACUGGGGCCUUGGGGCUCAGGCGGGAGGGGCGGGGUCACUCUCUCCUUCUCCCGGUGCCCAAAGCCCUGCUAUCAUCGACUCAGACCCAGUGGAUGAGGAGGUGCUGAUGUCGCUGGUGGUGGAACUGGGACUGGACCGAGCCAAUGAGCUUCCGGAGCUGUGGCUGGGGCAGAAUGAGUUUGACUUCACUGCGGACUUUCCAUCUGGCUGCUGA